AGUGUCGAUGAUGCCCCUGUUCGUGGUGCUGAAAUCCCCCCGCGCUCUCCCUCCCUCCCUCCAGCCAUCCCUCUCUAUCCCUCCCUCUCUCCCUCUCUCUCUGCUCCUCUCUCACACGCACAAAAUCCUCUGUCAUGGCGUCUUCCAACAAUGUUACUCCCACCAACUGUAGCUGGUGGCCCAUAUCAGCUAUGGACGAAGAUGGCAAAAUCACAGACGGAGAGGAGAGUCACGAGCCCACGAUAGAACACAAGCCAUUCUCCAAAGACAGGCUCGUUCUGUACCACUGGACUCAGUCCUUCAGCUCUCAAAAGGUGCGUCUGGUGAUCAAUGAGAAAGGGUUGCUGUGUGAAGAACGGGAUGUCAGUCUGCCUCUCACUGAGCACAAGGAGCCUUGGUUUAUGAGGCUCAACCUAGGGGAGGAAGUGCCGGUUUUCAUCCACGGAGACACGAUCGUCAGCGACUACAACCAAAUCAUUGAUUAUAUAGAGACCAACUUUAUUGGAGACACAGUAGCCCAGCUGAUUCCAGAUGAAGGAACUCCCAUGUAUGCAAGGGUACAGCAGUACCGAGAGCUGCUGGAUGGGCUGCCCAUGGAUGCUUACACACAUGGAUGCAUCCUGCACCCAGAACUCACAACCGACUCCAUGAUCCCAAAGUACGCCACUGCUGAAAUACGUAGACAUUUGGCCAAUGCGGCAUCUGAACUGAUGAAGUUGGACCACGAGGAACCCCAGCUGUCAGAACCAUACCUCUCCAAGCAGAAAAAGCUCAUGGCAAAGAUCUUGGACCAUGACAAUGUGAACUACCUGAAAAAAAUUCUUGGUGAGUUGGCAAUGGUGCUAGACCAAGUAGAGGCAGAGCUGGAAAAAAUAAAACUGGAAUAUCAAGGUCAAAAGUGUGAAUUAUGGCUUUGUGGACCUACUUUUACACUAGCUGAUAUUUGUCUUGGAGCCACAUUGCACAGGCUCAAAUUCUUGGGACUCUCAAGGAAAUACUGGGAGGAUGGGAGCCGGCCGAACCUGCAGUCGUUUUUUGAGCGGGUGCAGAAGCGCUACGCUUUCCGCAAGGUGUUGGGGGACAUCCACACGACCCUGCUCUCUGCAGUUCUACCCAAUGCAUUCCGAAUGGUAAAAAAGAAGCCGCCGUCCUUCUUUGGCGCCUCCUUCUUAAUGGGCUCUCUCGGGGGGAUGGGCUAUUUUGCCUAUUGGUUUUUAAAAAAGAAAUACAUGUAGUGAAUGUGCUCUUGUAGUGUUUUGUGUCUGUGUAUCUGUGUGACGUUCGAACUUUUUCAGUAACACUGUUUUACGAGAGCAGGAAAAACGAGACAAUAUACAGAGAUUAACACUGAAUAAUUAAAUAAAUAUA